CAGCAACAUCGUCACUUCUUGAGUAACUCCCAACUUGCACAGUCACUACGUACAAGAUCAGAUACAGCGACCAUGCUCAAACUUCUCCUUCUUCUCGGUCUCUGGACGCUUACGGCGACCGCGCAAUUCGGCUUUUUUGAUCAAAUGUUCGGCGGCAACGGACAGCAACAGCAGCAGCAGCAAGCCAACGUGCGAAGCGACAGUUCGUGGUACCAGGCACAGUACGAGAACGCACAAUGCUCACACUACCUCUGCCCCGGCACCCUCUCCUGCGUACACUUCCCCCACCACUGCCCCUGCGCAUGGGAGGCCACCGAAGACAAGGUCGAACUGGGCGAAGGAAUUGCGAUCUGUGGUAGCAAGGGCGGGUGGAAGGACGGCGAGUUUGCCCAGAAGGUCGACUUGGCUAGGAAGGGGCUGCUCUGAGAUGAUGGAAGGACCGGGAGUCAGAGUCAAUAGAUGAUGGGAUGCGGGGACAGCGGAAUAUUAUGGGGGAGUCACUCAGGCGGACAAGGUGGCUGCGAGAUAUGAACAAGAAGACACAAAUACAAAAAAAACGACAUAAGGAUCUAGCCUCGAUGGAGAUUGACACAGAUGAUUUUCAUGAUGUUUGUUGGUAUCGCGUAUUAACCAAAUCUUACGAGCCUUGCCGAGCUCAUGCUAUCAAACAUCCAUAAGGCAUCGUGUAAGUGCCUCGUUGUAUCCAUACGCAUAUCUCGAUGAAUGCCAUCUUCCCGACUGCUGGCCAGAACCAGG